AUGGGAGUGGAAAGAAAUAGGAGGCAACUGAAAAGUUAUGGCAACCAAUGGAAGCCAGCCGUGGAGGUGCAGUGUGACUUCUCAGCACCCACCACCCCACCCCGCAAGUGCCACUCAUUGCCUGCCUCCCCCGAGCUGCCCCACCGGGGUGGCCUGGCGCUGGGCGUGAGGUCCCCCUUCCGGCCCCCUGCCCUGAAGCAGUGCUGCUGGGACAGCAGAGAGCCAAGAAUCCCAUCCAGCCCCGGGGUGGAGGAGCGGAGAGACUGCACUCCACCCCACCCUGAGCCACCAUCCCAGCUCCGUUCUCCGGCAUCUACUAGUGGCACCUUCAUCCACACAUCGGCCUCGGGAAGCAAUCCGUGGCAGCCGGAGCCGCUCAGUGGGCAGCUCCUCAACAAUCACCAUCCUGCAGCAGUCAGCAAGCCGCUGUCCUGGGGCAGUAGGCUGGAGGAUGGCUUCUCCGAGCUCAGCAUCUCCUGCGCGGCAGCAGUGCUGGAGCGGACGGAGCAUGCGGCCAUGCUGCCCGGGCACAGCUCCAGCAUAGCGCUAGAGCAGGAUGAGGUGCUGCCCUGCCCUAGCUGCUGCUUGGGGCCCUUCAGCUUCACCUCUUUUUGUCACCGGCCAGCACCCAGCCCGCCCCGCUACCAGAACCUCAACUGUGAGGCCAAGAGCCUCCUCUGCCACGACUGCCUCCAGAAAGCCCAGGAGUCAGCGGAGCCCAGCCUGAAGCUGCCUGAGGCACAGUCCUAGUGCUGGGGACUCCACUGGGAGCCUGGGGUGCCCCCCUGCUCCAUCACAACUCGCUCAGCACAUGGAAGUACUUACUGCCUGGGGGGUUGAAGUGCAAUAACACUGCUGCUCCAGGUGGCAGGGUCAGGUCCCCGCAGUCUGAAGCCUGUGGGACUCCCCUGUCCCCAUGGGCUAGCCUCAGUGGGCUCUCAUAGCCUCUUGGACCGAGGGCAAGCAGGGCUGAGCAGGGGGUGUAAAGCAGUCGUGUCUGUAUGUGAGCAGUGGGGGUCCCAGCUGCCUCCCUGCAAGUGUAGACACACCUGGUCCCUGACAUAACGAAACACCGUGGUAUACAGGGGCCCGGGGACGGGACCAGCACUGGGGGUUUCUGGGCACUGAGCCCCCAGCACGUGUGCUGUCCUGCCCAGCACCAGGGACUCAUCCACAUUGCUCACCGCAAGCUGAGGGCACCCUGUAGCCCCCAGCAUCUCUUGAGUGGCCAGGGGAUAAGGGAGGGACAGGAGUGGGAUCCGGCUUUCCUCCCUCCUGCACAACGCACUGGUGAAUGCAGAACUGUUGUGUUUUUUUUAAUUAUUAAUAAUAAUGGCUAGUAAUAUAUACCCAGCUUAUUUAAAGUGUUCAAUAAAAACUGAAUGUCCCAGCAA